UUGAAGGAUGAGAUUACAGGGUUCAAGAAAAAAGAGUCAGAGUCUAUCUAUGAGGCUUGGAAAAGGUUCAAGACACUCUUGAGGAAAUGUCCACAACAUGGGAUAGAAGUGUGGAAUCAGGCAGCAAUAUUCAUCCAAGGGUUGACAACCAACACUAGGACAUUGGUGAAUGCCACAGCAGGUGGUUCAUUGACAACCAAGACUCCUCAAGAAGCCCUUGAUAUAUUUGAGUCCUUAGCAUCUCAGGAGUUUGACAAUGCUCCAGUGAAUGACAGAAGAAUGGGAAUUAUAAAACUUGAUGGCUAUGAUGCUUUGUUAGCCAAGAAUGAUCAGAUGAUGCAAAUGCAGAAACAACAACAACAACAACUGGAUGCUCUCACUAAGCAGCUAUCUUCUCAGAAGGUUGCUUCUGUGGACACUAAUUCUGUGUGUGCCGGUUGUGGGAAACGCCAUGUUACAGAUGAUUGUGAUUGUGGGGGACCUGCUGAACAGGCAGAAGUGAAUGGGGUAUGGUAUGAUCAGAGGAACUAUAACAACCAGGGGCGAAAUGUUUAUGUUCUACUAUGGAAGAAUAAGAAUCAACACCCAGGGUUCAGUUACAGUUCUAAUCAUCAGUUGAAUCCUCCACUGCAUCCUCCUCCAACGCACUCAUCACAACAAGGUGAUACCUCUGCAUGGGAGAAAGCUUUUGCCCAGUUAUCAAAUACUACUCAAGAGUAUAUUCAGGGGUCAAAUUCCUGCAGAGAAGAAACUUCUGCUUUCAUGCAAGAGACAAAGACAGCAUUCAGGAACCAGGAAGCAUCUAUCCGGAAUUUGGAAACACAAAUUGGCUAG